GUCGUCGUAAGCAGCAGACAUCAAAAUCUCCAGAGAGGAUCGUCAUAAACAGAUGAUUUAUAACUAUCAGCAGCAUCUUAUACAGCAAAAUAGAUUACAUACACCAGUCCUUUGGGAAGUAGCGAGGAAACGCUUAGAGGAGUAUCAGGCCCUGUUUAAAACAACGCUACCCAUCCAUGUCGACCACAGCACUGGAUGCGGAUUCUGUUCUCUUGGAAUCGAGGUCAAGGGGGUUUAAUACUUCCAUCUGAAUCUUCUGGGCAAGAGACAGUAGGGCUUCAGGGACCGGCUCCUCCCCCAAAACUGGGGAAAGCUGGCUCUCAAGAAUGUGCUCAGCCGCUAAGCUCGUCUUCCAAAGCGGCCCCUGUUUCGGAAAGCUCAGCGCAAGAGAGUGAUCAGAGCAAAGAUCCAGGAAGGGCCCCAUCUACCUGGUACAGCUGUAGACAUUUCCAGUUAGAGCACGGCCGUUUCCAGUUGCCCCCACGGAAUUCCUUCCCGGCAAGGGAAGAGGCAGCCCAAGGCAUGUCGGGCACUCCGGAUGUCUUAGCUUCUCGGUCACCUCCAGUGCCGGCCAAGCAAACGUUUGCAAGACAUUCCCGUUACGGUCCCCUCCGAAACACGGAUCCCGAGAGGGGAGUUUUAGCCUGGAAACCGAAGGGCCCUUCGGGCUUUCACAAGCCAGAUCGUCGGAUAAAGGAGCACUAUCCGGGGACGCGGCUCACCUUCCAGGAGACUCGAUCGCACUCAGUCAGCAUCUGUUUGGCGUUCAUCAUUCGUCAGCGGGGAAAAUACCUCAGAUCCCCAGGGCAGCUUCCCUGGACCCUCUGAACGCCCAGCAGACGCUCGUAGAGCAGGAUGAACAGGGCGGGGUUCCAGCAGGCCAGCAGCCCCCAUUCCUUCCUGCUCCCGGGAGCUCAGCGUUCACUCUGUUCAACCGUCGUGUGCCGAAUCCCGGUCUGAAUCGGAAAAAUCCCAGGUCCCGUGGCAUCCCCCCGGGAGCUCCCCCUCCAUCUGGUCAUUCAGCAUCCUAAGAUUUCGAGAGCGACUUGUGGCUUCUUCGGAGCGCAUCUUAGUUCAGCGAGAGCAUCUGAAGGCGCUCCAAGAACAGCUGAGAGUACAGAGGGAAGCUCUUCAGUGUAGCCAGCGAGCCCAGGAAGAAAUGCUUGUGCGCAGGCAGGUUGAAUUGGAGGAACAGAUGCAGAAGCAUCAGGAAGCGUUAAAGGAUUUGCUUAAUGACAAGCAGGCAAGGAGAUCAGCACAGGGGAAUAGGGGAGAAACACAGAAGGCACAGCUGUACAGCCUGUCAUCUUUCUUCAAAGAUGUAGAGCAUAAUUAUCAAGAAGAGGUUAAUCGUGCAGAUAAAAGCAAGAACAAUGAGAAUAAAUUGCUUUCGGAAAACGUCAAUCCAGCUGAGCAAACCGGUGAGCUUCCAAGGAUCCUGGGCAGAGGCUGGAAGGCCUUUCAAAACCACCUUUGGCCAAAGUUAAACUCGGCCUGGAUUUACAGCAACACGAACUGAGUGCCAUCCAAGAAGUGGAAUCACCAAGGAGCGGUAGGGUUUCUGCAGCAGGAGAGAGAGAUUCUGUCGAAGAAGCAUCUUUUGAAUCGAUUUUAGGUGCCUCCGAGUCUAGCAAACCCACAGAAACUACUCCCGAUGAGAGAAACGCCACCAGGAGGUCACCGAGCCGAGAGCAGAGUGGACAGGGGAGCCCACCAGGAAGUAGCCAGUCCAGUCCAUUCAUGCAGUGUCUGAGGCAGAUGCUCGGUGCUGGUUAUGCUGAAUCAGUUCAGGUCAAGGAUUACGUUGUCGAGAGUCAGGAACCGCCAAGCUGUGCAACUGAUGUUGGGAAGAGAGCACUUAGUGCGGACGAUAGCGUAAUCCUUUCCCGAGCCUGGGCAAAUCGACUAUUCACCCUCCAGGCCGAGGCUCGCGAACGAUCGUCCGAUCGGUUAUCUUCCACGUCGGUUUCCACCGGAAGCUUUUUGUCUCAUGAAGAAGAGGUUGAUUUCAGCCCUGUGACUGCUGAUAUAGCUGGUGGACUUGACCUUUUGGACUUGGAGCAAAAUUUCCCAAGCUUGCAUCAUCAGCUCUUUCAGCCUCUGGAACCAAAAUCUGACUUCAGUGUCCCAUCUCUGUCUCAUUCUGGCAUCUCCCAAGACACCAAAGAACUAAGCAAGAGUUCAGAUGGUGCACCUGGAAGCGUAGCUACAGUUAGAGUAUGUGAAACUCCACCGUCCAGUUCAGAGUUAAGAGGACCAAGACUAAAUGCUUUUCUAAAAAUACAUCAUCCAUCUCAGCACUCUAAGCAGCAGAGAGACAUUCCAACUCCGUCCGCCGCCUCCCUGCCCGAGAGAUUGUCCACAGAAAAUAUCACGGGUGCCAAGGACUCUUUUCACCCACUUUUGCCGGAAUGUACUUCAAGCGAGGAGAACCAGAGUGGCAUCGGGUCCAAAGCAGAAAGCAUAGCCUCGAAAGUAUCUUCAGAAGUGGAGCCCCAUAACCAAGAAUCCUGCCUCGUAGAGCAGUACGAAGAGUUAUCCAGGAGUGAAGGAAAUUUUGACCUCCAGGUCUCCGUGGAAAAACUGCAGCACCUGAACCUCAGUUCAUCUGAAAAGCCAAGUGGGUUUGAUCGGCUAACUGCACUCCACAGCCCACUGAGUGAGUUGGCUCUGAGUGACGAUUUGAUGAAGGGCUUUGUGAGUUUUACGGAAUUGCCGGGCAGGAAGACUGGGGAAAUGGAAAACAGCCCGAAGGCCCCGGCUGGCAGCGAGUCAGAGGCGGCGGGUGGAGGUGUUCAAGAUUGGCCGGGCACUCCGGAGGAAACCCCGGAGACGGGAAACCUGGAUCAGACCCUCCGAGCCGAGCCUCGACAGGUUGAAACGAGUUUGGAAAGUCCGGCCAGGGCUAUCCUCUUCAGUGUCCGCCAAGAGAGUUUGCUACCCACUCCGCUGCCUCAGCUCCCACCUCUUCCACCGGGCCCAGCUUCGUGGUCUCUCAAGAGCCCAGUACCUGUGUGGGAGACGGAAUCCGGGCUUGGCAUUAUGGAAGAACCCGAACUGACUGUAAUCAGCUCUACUGAUGUCAGUAUUGCUGAUGUGGACUUGGAGCCCGAAAAGCAGGAGGACAAACUGGAGACCAGUUCUCAGGGAAGAAAACUUUUACCCCUGGACCCACAAGUAGAUUCAUCCUCAUCACCUCAAGAGGGAACCUCAGCCUAUAACCAGCCUGCGGGAAGCCCAGCGAGAACACCUGAAACCCUUCCUUCCCAGAGGAGGCUCUCAGGUCCAGCAUUACAGAAAGUGAGUGAAGUUAAAGUAUGUUCCCCAGAGAAGACGGCCCCCGAAGCACUCCUACACCACCAUCCUCUAAGGCACCAGAGGGAUGAGAAGGCAAGAAAGGAAGUGACUUCUAAAACCAGGGACCGAGCCAAAGAAUUUCACAGGAGAACUCUCGAGAAACUACGCGCCAAAAACUCAUACUAAAAUUUUAACCAACACAAUAAAUUUUAUUAAUUAAUCGAA